UUGGCUUUGCUUGUGCUGGUCACGGACAUGACAACGCUCACUACCAAUUUGAGUAUGGAGUUCAUGACCCUCAUACCCACGAUCACAAAUCCCAACAUGAACACAGACAUGGUCACGAUGUCCAUGGAGGGUACACCGUGAAAGAAGCUGAUGGUACUCACAGAGUUGUUAAAUACAAAUCUUCUCCCCACAACGGCUUCGAAGCUGUUGUUGAAAGAAGAGGUCAUGCUCAACAUCCCGCCCAUUAUGGACAUGGACACGGUCACGGUGGUCAUGGUGGACAAGGGGGAACCAGCUAUGUUGGUGUUACUCACUGGGCCAACCAAGGAAGUGAGGAAGGUCAUGGACACCAUUAAAAAAAUAAUUUUAUAAUUUUUGUUUUUGUUGUUAUGUGCUGGUUUUGAUACUGAG